GCAACAUCUGUAGAGGGACAUGGAUAUCAGUAAGAAAGAUUAUAUAAUUUUGAUGGAGAUUUCUUACCAUGAACGAUAUCCUUUGCAUUGUAUAUCAGUCUCCGGUAAGAAAGCUCAAUCAUAAUUAUAAUACCUAACUUACUGAUACGGCUGAUAAUGUACGCCUGCUCACAGUUAUAACCCCGGACAGGAUGCGCUCCUGGGAUUCAGUCUUUCGGUAACGAAAGAUGAAUGUUUUUGUGCUCCCCGUCCCAGAAAGCACUGCUCCGACCGCACUCCGCCCUGACAUUUCUGCUACCAAAUUCAAUUCCAGAUUUGAUUUGGAGACAUCUCAUCACUAUGAAGAGGAGGCCGCAGAUGGCAUUGGUUCACAUGGUGUCCCUUACAUUCCUGAAGAAGCCUGACUUGCAGUGCAGAUUUCAAACUACUCAACGACCAACUGCUCCUCUUGGUUCCCGAAUUUUAACUGAUCCGAGCAGAGUGUUUGAACACAAUAUGUGGGAUCACAUCCAGUGGACUCCAGAGCAGGAAGAUCUUGCUAGACAGAAAGCUGAAGAAAAUUCUAGUGUUAAACUCUCAAUGGAAGAACAAGUCAGAUUUGAUAAAGAUGCUAAUCGUUACUGGGAUGAAUUCUACAAAGCUCAUCAAAACAAAUUCUUCAAAGAUCGCAGAUGGUUGUUCAUGGAAUUUCCUGAGCUCCUACCACAGAAAACACACAAAUAUAAUGAAAUUGACCUUGAAUCAAAAAGUACUUCCAUAUUAUGUUCACAUGUUUCCUUGCAAACACAAACAAAAUUGGAUGGUAUUAUCAGAAUGCAUGCUACACCAUUUGAAACUCCACAGAUAGCUGAUUCUGUGGAGAGAACAAGAACCAAUGAAGGCAUGAAAUUGGAUGAUAAAAAACAAGACCAGCAAUGGACAGACAGACUAAAGGAUCAAGGAUAUUUUCCUGGUACUGAUUUCACAUUCAAGAUUUUUGAGGUUGGAUGUGGUGCUGGAAACAGUGUUUUUCCUAUCCUGAGUAAAAUUUGUGAUACCAGUACCUUUCUUUAUUGCUGUGAUUUUUCAGCUUGUGCAGUGGAUCUGGUGAUGUCUCACCCUUUGUACAAUGCAUCCAAAUGUUAUGCCUUUGUUCAUGAUCUGUGUGAUGAAGCAAGCUCCACCUACCCAUUUCCAGAUGGAAGUAUUGAUGUCAUUCUCCUUGUGUUUGUGCUUUCUUCUAUUCAUCCAGAAAGGAUGCAGAUGGUAAUAAAUAGAUUGAGCAAGUUACUCAAACCUGGAGGAAUGAUACUAUUUCGGGAUUAUGGUAGAUAUGAUAUGUCUCAGCUUAGAUUUAAAAAAGAAGGGUCUCGACCGGAAACGUUGACAGUGCUUCUUCCUAUAGAUGCUGCCUGGCCUGCUGUGUUCUACCAGCAUUUUGUGUGGUUGCCUGAAUUUCCAGCAUCUGCAGAUUUCCUUGUGUUUGCGCGAACAGAUUCUGUUAUUGCUUGCCUUAGACCAUGCCGCUGUUUGUUUGGGAAUUUUUAUGUCCGAGGAGAUGGUACUCGUGUUUACUUCUUUUCUAAAGAAGAAAUUGCACAUAUAUUCAUCUCAGCAGGUUUGAAGGAAGUUCAAAAUUUAAUGGAUCGACGACUCCAAGUUAACCGCAAAAAGAAAAUUGCAAUGCAUCGUGUCUGGGUGCAAUGUAAAUACCAAAAACCCUUCACAGCAAAUUUAAAUUAAGAUUGAAGAAAACUAGUAGAUUUCCUAAAAGGGUAUACAGAGUGCCACAGUAGCAUAGCAGUUAGCGCUAUGCUAUCACAGCUCGGGGAGUCAGAGUUCUGCCUUCACUUCCGGUGUCCUCUGUAAGCAAAUUCAUACAUUCCUUCCCCUGAGCACAUUGGUUUCCUCCGGGUGCUCCGGUUUCCAUUUGCAGUCCAAAGACGUACCAGUUAAUUGGUCAUUGUAAAUUUCCAGUAACUUAGGCUAGGGUUAAAUCAGGGGGUUGCUGGGCAGAGCAGCUUGAAGGCCUGGAAGGGCCUAUUCUGCGCUGUAUCUAUAAAUAAAAUAUUACUCCCAUUUCACCAUGCGUUACUUCUUUUCGUCUUUUCUCUGUGUAGUUUAACCAAUAUGUUCCACCUUUGAUACAAAUAUUUACAAUUUGUUCUUGCCUGACUUUAUGAUGUGUAUUUCUGUUUCAGUUUUGUAUUCAAAAAGUACAUGAUCAUGCUGAAUUUUCAAAGCUGUUAAUAAUGUUGCAUCACUCCUGUAAUAUGAUGGAAACAGGACAAGUGUUAUAUUUAAAUACUCUUAUUAAUUUAUGACAAGAGAACAGCAUUACCAAAAAAAUGCAUAUCAGUAUCCAAACAGUUUAUAACGGUAGUCCCAGUAGAAGCUUUCUCCAGGAACUGUUUAAAAACUAUGCCAUUGAAGCACUGAAAUUGAAACACUGAUUAAUCUACUAUUAAUUUUCACCCACUGUGUCCUGAGCUUUGUCAAUCAGUGUCCGGUGUAUUUUUUUUCCCAAACAUUCUGCUUUGUUCAAUGAAAGCAAUAGUUCUGAAACUAUUUUCUCUCCACUGUGUUACAUUACAUAAUUAUUAAAUUAAAAGGCUGGUAACUUUCCUCACAAAACAAAGCCCUUGUGGUGCCUUUGUUUGCCCUUUCGUAUAAUGCAGCAUUUGCAACUCAAUGACAUCUAAAAUCGUCUUGAAUGAUGCUGGAUUUUGUCCUAACACUCUACCAAGCAUUAAGCACUUUAUCUGUGGAGAAUUUUCUCCAAAUUUACGACUAAGUUCAAUAAACUUCAGUAUUCUUGUCCUAUAGCUGUGUUUUAACUUAAAAU